UAACACGCGGAACGAUUUUGGCAUAUUCCCUGCUUACACCCCUUAUUUUCACUCUUCGAGUCUCUUCUAAGUUCUACCAGUUCGUCAUCUGCAUCCUGAAGUUUCUACACUCAAAAUAAAAAUAAAAAACAGAGAGUUACAUUGGAAGAGAGAAUAAAAAAAACAGCAUGGAAAGAGCAUAUAGGAGGAGUAGAAAAGAGCCUCUUGAAGGCCUAUACAGAGUACUUAUGCGUCGCAAUUCAGUUUAUGUAACAUUUGUCAUCCUUGGCGCUUUCCUUGGUGAACAGGCUGUUGAUUAUGGUGUUCGUAAGCUUUGGGAUUACAAUAAUAUUGGGAAACGGUAUGAAGACAUCCCAGUUUUGGGGCAAAGGCAAUCUGAAGAAUGAAUCCCUCUUUCAUGAUGACUACAUAGGUUUGGAAUUUUGUCCAAUGUAAUAGAAGCUAUAUGCAUGUAUGUCUAAUCUCUUGAGCUCCGUGCUAGGCGGGCUAUCCGGGAUCAUAUGAUCACUUUCUCUGUCUAGAUAUGAUACAUUUGUGUGAAACUUGGAGAUCCUUAGAUCUGUGUGAAUAGUUUGUUAUCGUUCAGGUUUGCGAGGAUGCAGUACAAAUGUCUUC